GGCUGGUGCAGCCCAGUAGUUCUCGUUUGCCAGUAAAGAGCGUAAGCCGCUUCGAUAUCGACUCGUCGCGGAUUCGCGCCGUCUCUGUGAUCCCUUUUCGGCCGUCUUCUCGUUAUUCAUCGAGCUUCUCCCCUUUAAUCCACGGGGGCUUUUCGCGCCCACACGCGCUCCUCUGGUUCUCUUUCGCGCGUUACAUCUCGCGUCGUUAGGUUCUCUGGACGCCAGACCGUACGGGGACUCCCCAUCAUCGGUUUCUGUGUCCGUUCUAAACGCGCGAUUGCGUUGUUGUGACAGACGGAGUAGAGCAUGACGAGGAAACAAACGGUGAUCGUGAAGCUUAAGAGAUCCAGCGCCGGCAAACCUUGGGGGAUACGUAUCGCCGGAGGCGCUGAUUUGGGCACGCCGAUCGUCGUCACCCGCUCGGAGAACGAGGCGCUCCAGAGGGGUGACGUGAUCAAGAAAAUCGACGAUUACGACUCGCGAGACGUGAGGCACGUAGACGCCCAGAAUCUCCUCCAAACCUCUGAAUCCAUAAGGCUUGUAAUCGAAAGGUCUGACCAGUCGAGUGCGUCUCGUACCAACAUUACCACGUCACCUCCGAUUAUCAAGCCGAUCAUUGGCAACAGGGCUGCGGUCACUAGUCUACCCAAAAAACAAAAAGUACCGACGGAGUUGCCGAAGAGUCCUGUGCCUCCACCGUGCUACGACGAAUACAGUCGACCUUCGACUCCUCAGGAACCGUUUACCUUGCCCCACGAUCACCUGGACGAGAUUCGCGAAGAAAAGGUCCUCAGGUCGCAGCCGUACCGCACGACUCCUCUUGUUUUACCCGGUGCGAAGGUCAAGAAGGAUGCACCACUCGGAGAAUGCUAUCUGCGUCACCAUCCAAAUCCGAUGAUCAGAGCAGCGCCUCAUCACUACGAACCAGCUCAUCCUGAAGUUGCUAUGAAGCAAAAGGUGGCGGAAUCGGUACUUCAACGUGUCUUGGGACCGAAUGAAGUUCCAAAGGUAGUCCACAAGCAGUUCAAUUCACCGAUUGGCCUCUACUCCGAACAGAAUAUCGCUGACACUAUUAAAUGCCAGGCGUCCGCUAUACCCCCGAAGAAACCGAUGAAGUACGACCCGAGUAAGAGCGAGGCUUACAAAGCUCUGCAAGAGGAAGGCUAUGGCGACACAGUGCAGGAGGUGAAACAGCCAGCGCGCACUGGCGUUUUCUCGCCGCAGAAAGUCAACCAAAAUAGGGUACAGUACGCUCGACCGAAGAGUCCCGCUGGACCAUUUGGUGGAAAUUAUAGACGUCCCUUCCCCCUCCCUUUCAUAAAGGAUCGCAUCAACGACUAUUAAAAACUUACACCAACUUGUAAAUGUCAACGACGAUGAUGGCGAGAAGAUUCAUCAAAGUAACAGCUUCAAGAGGAUUAUGUAUAGUGUGCUGGGACAAACUGAUUAUUGAAUCCAAUUCUGAACUGAUGCUAUAAAUAUAUCUUAUUUAUAAUAUAUACAUAUAUGUAUAUUUUAUUUAUUGUAUGAUGCAAUAAGUGGUAACGAGAAAAGUGCCAAAUUAUAAGCAACAAUUAAACGAAAUAAAAAAAAUAAAAAGUAUAAUAUUAUUACUAUUGAGAGAUCAAAGUAAUUGUACACAAAUUGAAUUUUCCGAAAUGUAACAACUUACCAAAGAUUUCAAUGAAGUUACAUUAUUUAAUAAACAUUCGUAAACGUG